UGCGUGCGGGGCUUGAGUGGCGCAUGCGCAGUGCUGUGCGAGCGGCGGCGCCAUGGACGACGAGGAGGAAACGUAUCGUCUUUGGAAAAUCCGCAAGACCAUCAUGCAGUUGUGCCAUGACCGCGGCUACCUGGUGACCCAAGAUGAGUUGGAUCAGACGCUGGAGGAGUUCAAAGCUCAGUUUGGGGACAAGCCAAGUGAGGGGCGUCCACGGCGCACUGAUCUUACCGUGCUGGUGGCCCACAAUGAUGACCCCACGGACCAGAUGUUUGUCUUCUUCCCAGAGGAACCCAAGGUGGGCAUCAAGACCAUCAAGGUGUACUGCCAGCGCAUGCAGGAGGAGAACAUCACCCGCGCGCUCAUCGUGGUACAGCAGGGCAUGACACCCUCCGCCAAGCAGUCCCUGGUAGACAUGGCACCCAAGUACAUCCUGGAGCAAUUCCUGCAGCAAGAGCUGCUGAUCAACAUCACGGAGCAUGAGCUUGUCCCAGAGCACGUUGUCAUGACCAAGGAGGAGGUCACAGAACUGCUGGCCCGAUAUAAGCUCCGGGAGAACCAGCUGCCCCGCAUCCAGGCAGGGGACCCUGUGGCCCGCUACUUUGGGAUAAAGCGAGGGCAGGUUGUGAAGAUCAUCCGGCCCAGUGAGACAGCAGGCAGGUACAUCACCUACCGGCUGGUGCAGUAGCUGUGGAGUAGCAGCCCCUGGAGACAGACAGAUGGAUGUAUGGGCACAGUCUCAGUCACCUUCUAGGGAGACCUGAGCCCCAGCCUCCUUGCUGCUGCCACAGUUUCUCUCUCUGGAUGAGGAUUUCAUCAGCAGCAUCUGGCCAAGACUGCAGAAGGGGCGUGGUGCAGGAUCGGAAGGCCCCUGGGCAGGCUGGCAUGAGCCUUGGUCCUGGGGCGACUGCCAGGUGGGGGCCAGGACUGCUUCUCCCAGUGGUCCUAAUGUGCUCCUGAGCAUGCGGCUCAUGGUCCCCUGUGUGGGCUGCCCGCGUGUGCCUGUAGGCUGUUCCCACCUGGCCUCUUCCACAUAGACUGUCCUUGUGAGCACACUGUAUGCACUAGGACCUGGGGUCACAGGUUGAUCAAGCUCUCAGUUGCUAUAGGAUGUUGAAUAUUUUAAAAAUUAAGGCUAUUUUGAGUAAAUAAACUUGUCUCAA